CAACAACGAUUGCUCCCUCUAACAACCUCUGCUUUGGUUUUUCUGACUGAUUAUGCGUCCGAGAUGCGUCUGGUAAGAAUAAUGGAGAAGGGCGCUUUCACAAUGCGAUGGUUACCUCGCAACGUGAAAAGCGGAAGGGCAGGCGCCGUUGCGGUGAAGGCCAGGAAUUUUAGUUAUAGGGCGACCAGUCGCCCAUACUACCUAGGCACGAGUUUCCUCCAAAAACCUCUGCUUUUAGCCUCGACGACUCGCCAAACAUAUUGGUUUUCCUGCCAUAGCUUAUCCGCGCUGCGCCGCAGCUGUCAGCACCUCCAAUCACACCUAUUUUCGAGAAGAUAUCCAGAGACACUUCCACUCUCUUCACGCAAGAACAACAAUGUCGACCCCAGAGCUCCCCACUCUUCGCCACGUCACGGAGCGCAAGCUCAACAAGCUUGCUGCCCACCGCGAGAAAUACGAGGCCGAGAAGAGAGCCAUCCUCGACAAGGUCGCAUCCGCCGGGGACACACGAGCUAAGGUGCAAGCUCUCCUUGACGGUUUCGAACAAUACGGUGUCACUGCCCGCCAACCAGACCUGUCUCUCCGCAACUUGGUACACUUCAACCUCCAAGCACGUUCCGAUCCAUCCGUCUGCGGGUCUCUUCUCCGUGAGUGGCAGAUCAAGCUUGAGCGAGAGUUGAACAUUGGCAGCGCAAAGUAUGAAUAUGCCUCACUCUUUGGAAGUCUCAUCAUGGAAUGGAUAAAGUAUCCGAGCCCUGGCAUCGUGUCGAAGCAUUUGGAGAGUCCGAGCAGUGAUACAGAUAGCCUCGACUUCGACCAGCUCGGACGGAAAGAGAUGCAUGAGCAGCAGGCUCAGUGGGAGGCGCAUGUGUUCACGAAGAAGAAGGUCGAUCAAGCAAGGAUUGAGGCGUAUCUGAACGACAUCUUCGGCAAUGUUCGCCAAGGGAAGAAAGUGAAGAAGUCUCCGCUGGAGGAUCUCAGGGAGGCUAUGAGGCAUGUGAUGGAUUUCAAGUCGGAGCUUCACACCCCCAAGCACCCGGUUUCUCGAAGUGAUGAUUUGACGACGCCAGAGAGGCGGUUCACCCCCGAGAUUCUGAAGUCUUGCAUCAGAGGCGUACUUCAGGCUGACUUGCUUGCUGGCCAAAAGCGGGAGGCACUCGUAGGCUUGGAGACUCAAUCUGCUGUUCUCGACGAGCUCGUCGAUGUUCUCAACAUGGAUCUUGAGGGACUUGACACCUGGGAAUGGGAUCCGUCUCCCGUCCCUCUUCAGAUGCGACGCCAGCUGAAUGGUAAAUAUCGUGUCUUUAUGGACGAGGAAACACACCAGGCCAUCCUGCUACACUUCAUCGGUAAGGUCUGGGCAGUGGAGAUGAAGAAGGCGUUUGUCAAGUUUUACCAUUCGGGUGCCUGGCUGCAGACCCCGUUUCGAUCCAUGGACAAGAAGGCCAGGAGGCGGCGCGAGUACUUCAUCCCAGCGGGAAUUGCCGAUUCAACGCUCACUGUCCGUGAUGAGCGGCGGACUAUGUAUCAGGAGGACUACUUCAUGACCCAGCUUCCAGGCAAGAUGUUCGACGACUACAUCGACUACGCCGCCGAGGAUCAAGAUUCUCCUUCUAGCGGAACGUCAGGGACUCGUAGGGGUGGCGCCAGGUCACCGCUGGCUACGAAACAGGGCAUGCUGCGCUUGUUGACGACGGAAAUGCUACUCAACACCAAGGUGUACGGGGAGUUCACAGUCCUGCAGUCCGACUUCAGAUGGUUCGGCCCGUCGCUCAGCCACGACGCCAUCUUCGCCGUUCUCAAGUUCCUCGGCGUCCCUGACAAAUGGCUGCGCUUCUUCAAGAAGUUCUUGGAGCCUUCUCUGGUCUUCUCCCACGAUGGUGCCGAUGCGGAAGGCCGCGUCCGCAAGUGCGGAGUUCCAAUGAGCCAUGUCCUUGCCGAUGCAUUGAGCGAGGCACUACUCUUCUGUCUGGACUUUGCGGUUAACAAGCGGACGGGUGGGGCCAAUAUCUACCGCUUCCAUGAUGAUCUCUGGUGUUGGGGACAGGAGAGUACGUGUGUCCAAGCUUGGGAGGCGAUCAAGGAGUUCGCGGAGAUCAUGGGUCUGGAGAUGAACGAAGAGAAGACCGGUGCCGCGCUCAUUGUCGCCAACGAGAAUACCUCUCGUGCUAUAUCUGCCAAACUGCCACAGGGGAAGAUCAAAUGGGGUUUCCUUGUCCUCGACCCAUCGGUAGGCCGCUGGGUUAUCAACCAAACCGAUGUUGACGCACAUAUCGUGGAACUCCGCCGGCAACUCGGAGCCUGUCGUUCGGUCAUGGCGUGGGUGCAGGCAUGGAAUAGCUACGUGUCACGAUUUUUCUCGACCAACUUUGGACAACCGGCAAACUGCCUCGGACGCGCGCACAACGACAUGAUCAUCGAGGCCUUCCAGCGUAUCCAACGCGGCCUGUUUGCCGAUAGCGGCGUCGCCAAUGCCACCGAGUACCUGCGGCGGAUGCUGAUGGAACGAUUCGGCACCGACGACUCGGUACCGGAUGGGUUCUUCUACUUCCCUUCUAACCUUGGCGGGCUGGGCUUGCGGAAUCCGUUCAUCGCGCUCUUCGCAACGCGCCCUGGGACGCCGCGCGAUCCGGUCGAGCGCAUAGAGCGGGCGUUUGAAGAGGAACAGGAGGUAUAUGAGCGCUUGAAGGAGAAGUGGGAUACGGGAAAGGACCGACCGAAGAGACUCGGUGACGAUGCGGCUGGCAGCAACAACGCCGACGAUCCGUUCCUCAGCUGGCAGGAAUAUUCCGCCUACCGUGAAGAGACGUCGCCGUACCUGUACCAGGCGUACAGGUACCUGAUGGAGUGUCCGCCGGAACACCACGUGGAUGUGGUGGGUUCGGCGCAGUUCAACAGGAAGAUGGAGGAUACGCCGUAUUGGCGGUGGAUCUAUGCGCUGUAUGCUGGUGAGGUGAAGGAGAGGUUUGGUGGCGAGGGGUUGCAGUUAGGUGAGAGGGAUUUGUUGCCUGUUGGGCUGGUGGAGGUGUUGAGGAGUGAGAAGGUGAGGUGGGAGGGUUGAUGUUUGGAGAUGAGCUACGUGUGUGUGCUUUGAGGAACGGGGAGAGUUAUGGGUUUGGUAGGCCCCUUAGUAAAAGGAGGAUUGCACACUAUUAUAGAUGUAUCGGAUCUCCUCUCCAUUGAAUGGAUCUUUUGAUUCUCCGGUAUCGGUUAUAU